UCACUAUUUCUGGCAGUAUAUGUCAUUUGUUAUUUAUAAUCUCUUGAAUGAUCGGUGGAAACACAUAUGAUUUUUGCAACUAAAGAUCGAAAUGGGUGGAAAAAAAUUAGAUUUACCUUCAAAGAGAAUUAGCAAUUUAAUGACAGAUAAAGUUCACACAGCACCAGUAAGGUUGUGGAAAAGGUUACGGAUAAAUGAAGGGACUUUUAGUUUUUCACUCUUUAUAAUAUCAUUGUCUAUCGUUUUGGGAAAGUUAUAUAUAAAUUAUGGUAGUAUUUUACAGCUGCAAAAUAAUAUUAAAUAUAUAGCAUCAUCAACAUCUGUAUUUUCAAAUAUGUCCAAUAUAUUUGAUCUAUCCUAUUUAUCUGGUGUGUCAGAAUUCGGUAAUAAACAAUUAGCAGCUGUAAAUGAAAAAUUUAUUAACAGUAGUCAAUACGAUGAUGUUGUUAAUGUAAUGACAUCGUUUUGUAAAUCAUACGGAUGGUUAAUACGAGCAGCAAUAUGUGGUUUUAUUAUGAUGGGUUUUACUUGGUUUAUUAUUUACAAAGAUAGCAGUAUUCCUGGAAUCAACCCACCUUCCCCUAUUAGUCUAUCUAAGCAAAGGCUUCCUAAAGUAUCCGGUGUACAAAUAAAUUACCUGAUUGGAAUAUUAAAUGGAAUACUAAUUUUUGUUUAUAUGUGCCUUUAA